AUGGCUGAUGGUUUGUAUAAUGAACCGUGCAGUAGAUGGAGGAUGGUUGCAGUGGUGAUGCUGGUUGUCGAUGGUUCUAAACAGUUGCUGGCAUUGGUGGUUGAAACCAGUGGUGCUGAGAUGGGUUUCUACCAACAAAUGGGUAACUGCAGAAGAUGCCGAGAUAGAGAAGCGAGACAAGGGACUGGUGGUGUUGGAGUUUAUCGAAGUUUAAAUAAUUUCUCUGCGCCUAAAAUUUCACAUCCUUCUCUAGUAAAGGAGAAAACCAAGAACGCUGCUCCUGCUGCUCAGCUUCCUUCUAAGCCUCUGUCACCUGCAGAAUACGUGAGAACUGAAGGUCGAGGUACAGGAAGAGGUACUGGAGGUCGAGGUACAGGAAGAGGAACUGGAGGUCGAGGAACAGGACGAGGAGGUCAUGGGGAUAACUACCAGACAGAUUCCACUACUAAUGGUGGUAAUGCUGAUUGGAAAGUUGUUAGAUAUGGUCAUGGAGAUGGUAAAGGAAAGGGGGCUUCAGUUAGUAAUGGUGGUAAUGCUGAUUGGAAAAAUAAAGAUGGCCGUGGAGGCGGUAGAGGAAACGGAAAUAGGGGGUAUUCUAAGAAUGAGAAUAUAAAGACUUCAGACGUCCCGACGGAAGAAGAAGAAGAAGACAAAGAAAUGUCGCUUGCUGAAUUUGAAAAGGUCAGGCUUGAAAAGAAGAAGGCUUUAAACGCAGUAAAAAGUGAAGAGAGGAAAGUUGUUGCUCUUGAAAACGAAUUUAAAGAUAUGAAAAUACUUGGAAAAAAGAAAGAGGAAGAGCUUUCUUCUAUCAAGCUACAGAAAUCUGGCAAAGGGAAGCUUAAAAAGAAGGAAAGCCUUGCAGAGGAAAAGGCUCGCAAGUCAAUGUUACUACAAGAAUUUCUGAAGCCAGUUGAGCAGGAGAAGAGUGAUAACAGUGGCAAAGGUUCUGAUAACGGUGCUCAGGGACAUCGUACCGGCCUAUCUAGGGAAGGUUCUUCAGAGCAACCAAAAAAGGAGAUUAAACGCGCCACCCAAUUUCGUUGA